AUGAUACGGAUGGGUCGGAUCCCGUUUCUGUGCCCUUCGGGGUCACAACCAUCGUCGAAGAGAAUAUGCCGACGGCGGACCGACGAUGGUUACUUAAUAUCCAGCUUGAGUCUGUUACCCAAGAAUAGUAAGGGACGAUCCGGAGAUACCUUUGGGGCGGACCAAUACGAUCGCAUGGGUUGUAAAGGUUUCGAAUUUUGCCCACAUCGGAAGCUGGAGACGGGAGACCAAGUUGGAAGCGUAACGGCCCAAACCAACACUCGACAACGAUCUCGUGGCAGUGAGGAGAUCACAACCAAACUUCUAUAUCUGCCUAUCGUGUAUUAUCAUGAUGAAAAGUUGCCGACCAUAGCAGAAGGUGCUCAGACCGGUUCGGUUACUGGAGUCGGCUCCGCGGUGAAGCAGGAACUAUUCCAGUACAUACCUUGUGCUUCACCGUCCGGAUUCCGAAGUCGCAAGGCGACGAUCACGAGCUUGUCUUAUCUUCGGGGAACUGAUGAAGAGUCGCUGGUUCAUUGGUACCGGUAUCUGAUACCAUCAUGGGGCUGCUGUCUGGGCGUCAUCGUGCUUGUAUACAACUUCAAGAAGUCGAGUGGCGUCAAAACUCUUGGUGUCUGGUGGCGUGGGUUCAACUUGGCAGGAUUUGGGACAUCAGGGGAACACGUCAAGCUGUGCUGGCCGGAACCUGAGCUAGAUAUGACACGAUUGUGGGCGAUGAUGACUGCGGAGAGACAAUCGCUAGUGGGUCAAAGCUUGGCUGUCCUUGCGGCCCUCGGCUCCAACACCCUUGAUCUAGCAAAGAUAGCUCCUGCCGCAUUUGGUGGUAAGGGAGCAGCAGUACUGCUGAAGGCUCUUUUCGCAAUAUUCUUCACAGCACGAUGGCUCACCUUCACUAAGCGCAGCUCUAACCGCGUUAGGGGCACCGCUGUCACGGUCUGGGAGAUAGAAUCGUAG